ACGGCAACUUGACUUCUCUGCGCGGUCCGGCAUCGUUUCGCUCGUGCUGUGCUCGUUUGGACCUGGCCGUGCUUCGGCUACCUUUCAACAAUGCAUAUGCUGUAGCUCAGGGGUAGAGCAAGUCUUGAACUUGCGGGUCGUUCAUGAUCGCUGUCUGCUUUCAUCGGCUUUGUUCUGGUUAGGACAGCUGUGCUCAUCAUUCCCAUCUCCCAAGUUGCUGAAAGCGUCUGCUAUUGAUGCCACCGCUUGUUUCUCUACAGUCGCAUCGUCACGCUAUUCGAUAGACUCGUGCGAUGACAGGCACCGAGCUCAGUCGCCUUUCUUGAGUGUCGUACUUCAACUUCAUCUCCUAAGUUAUGAUCGUUGUCGUCUGGCGACGAAGCCUCACCAGCUGUGAUUGGUUAGUUGAUCAUGAUCUCCACAGCUCUCGCCGCAUGAUGAGGCCUAAGCCUCGAGAUGUGUUCGUCUCAUUUACCAGGCUUUCUAGACUUGUGGUGCAGAUAAAUAUAGCUGGAAUGAUAUUGCAUUUCCAUACAGACCGAUUUAAAAGCCUUCUACAAGAGAUUUGAAUAUGGAGGUUUGUAUUAUUUGCAGUUAAAAACGCGCUUGAAAUUACCCGGUGUCCUGUUUCCAGCAGGAAAUCAGAGUUGAACACGCCAAGAACAGCUGUAAGACGAGUUCAGAGCAGUCAAAUGAUAUAGCUUCAUUUGUUGAGUGAAUUCAGCGACGUUUGAGUUUCUAUAUUCUGGCUAAAGUCUGAUAAAAUAUCAUUAGGCCAUCAAAGCAAAAAAUGAUGUUAUUGCGGACCUGGAUCCUGACGACAGCUGUCUAGAAAACUCUAUGCCCGCGAAAUUCGUACUAAGAAAAUAGCUACUUAUUUACCCCUUCCUCAAUAACCGCCAUUGUUGAGAUGCUUGAAUCAAAGCUGAUUUUCACAAGAGCUUCGGGGAUAUAUUUCAGUUCUUGAUACGAGCAAGCAAUCAGAGGGAGAAUAUACGAAAAAAGAUAUCCUAUAACUGACUCCUCGUAUUGGGCCUCUGGUAUCUGAAGCUUCACAGGAUGAAUUUACUGGGAAAGUUGCUUCAGAACUGCUUGGCAUGGUUUGAUGGUCUUCGUAAAUAUGGCUUAGAAAGCUCUCGGUCUCGCACUUCGUCUCGCCGCAGGAUCUAUCUGUGACCCAGAAGCUCUAGCUUGCCGGGAUUCUUUAUAUGCUUCUAAGCCACCUUCUAAGUAAAGACGUCUAUCUCUUGGUUUUUCCUUCGCCCGUUGAUAGCCAUCCACUCUGUUUGCUUGGCACCGUUCAGCAUCAAGAUAGAGAAGCCCGGAAGCUUGCUGUAAUGCCCAGAGAGAUCUGCCAGAUGCCCAGAAAAUCGUAGCUCGUCGCCCAGAUUGCGAUGCAGGGAAAGCGUUUGGCUUGGCAAGUUUCUUAAGCGGAAAUCUUCCCCAGAAAGGAAGACCACAAAUUCCGCGUUCACCACCGGAAUGCACACUAACAGUAUAGAGGUAGUAGGACUGCUGACAGGUCGGCACAAUCAAAAACCAGGCACAAUAAUUAACAUAUCCGAUGUAACAUGGUGCAUCACAACAUGAUGGAACCUUCGACACAAGCCCUCACAAUCGCAUCAUCCACGUCGGUAAUGCUUGGCACAACCGGCUGAUGAUGAUGGCAUGCUCAUGCAGCCAUGGUCAUGUAGGUCUUGAGCUACAUUUCAAGCUUUUGGGAGAGCAUAUAAUGGCAGACCACUCAAUUUUGGGCAUUCCUUUACCAUGGCAAAACUCCAAGCCGUAGCGGCUGUUGCAGCAUAUGCAAUAACCGCUGUGCAUGCGAUGACGCCAGAACAGAUGCUUGCGGCACCACGGAGGUCGGAAGCGAUUCCCAAUCCUUCUGGAGAAUGGGCGGCUUUCACAUCAACGAACUAUUCAUUUGAGACACAUGAAAGCCAAACCGUGUGGAAUCUUCUGAACUUAAAGAGUGGAGAAGUGUCCCUUCUCUAUGAAGGGUCCGACAUUUCUGAAUUGGUCUGGAUUGGCCCUACUAACACCAGUGUAAUUUACGUAAAUGGAACGAACGAAGAGGGGAACGGUGGAAUUAGUCUCUAUUCUGCUGAUGUGAAUGCUAUGGAAGAUGCCACGCUUCUUGGAUCUCUACCUGCACCAUACUCUGGUCUGAAGGCCGUAAAGACGGCUAGCGGAGAUAUACACUUUCUUAUGUACUGCCAAGCAUACGAAAACGGAACCGCAUACAAUGCUGAUCUUGAAGAAAAGCCUAUCUCUACCGCUCGCAUAUACACAGAGAUCUACGUGAGACACUGGGACACAUGGCUAACGGACAAGAAAAAUAACAUAUUUGCCGGUACACUUAAGUCUGGAGAUAAUGGAUACACCUUCGACGGCAACAUGAAAAAUUUAAUGCAAGGGCUCGGAAACCUGACGAGAGCGGAGAGUCCUGUUAUGCCAUUCGGUGGAUCUAGCGAUUACGACAUCUCUCCAGAUGGCAAUGUGGUGGCGUUCUUAACAAAGAACAUCGAUUUGCCAUUGGCAAACUACACAAGCAGCCAAAUUUGGCUGGUGCCUUUCAACGGAGACUCUGAGCCCAGAGUCCUGAACGGCUUGGGAGCAGCAUCAACACCACCAGGCGCUGAAGGUGCCUCGUCAGGCCCUGUAUUUUCCCCGGACAGUUCCAUGAUUGCGUAUCUGCAGAUGGACGAGAUCACGUACGAGUCGGACAGAAACAAGAUCUACGUCGCCAAAGCAGACGCGGAGCGACCCGAAAUUCGAGUUCUUUGCGAAGAUUGGGACAUAUCGCCAAGUGUUCUCCAUUGGAAUUCAAACGGCACUGGUCUGUAUCUGGCUGCUCCUCAUCGCGGGAACGACAGGAUAUUCGAGAUGAUUCCACUCGACGCGCCAGUCAACUUCGAGCCGGUGAACAUCACCGACCGAGGCAGCGUUGCUGCAUUUUACGUGCUCCCUGACAACAAUUUGCUGGUAUCCGACUCCAAAAUGUGGUCGGCUCGAGAUUUUUAUAUACUCUCACCAAGCGGGGAAUUGCUCGCUGAUCUUUUCCACGCCAACAGAGUUGAUCCUGGGUACGAAGGUCUUGACGAAUCCAUUCAAUCAGAAUUCUACUUCCCCGGUAACUUCACUGACGUUCAUUCAUUCAUCGUGUAUCCCCAAAACUUCGACGAAUCCAAGAAAUACCCUCUUGCAUUCAUCAUCCACGGUGGCCCCCAAAGCCAGCAUACGAACGCCUUCUCAACGAGAUGGAAUUUCAAAGUUUGGGCAGAUCAGGGAUACGUCGUCAUCGCACCCAAUCCUACGGGUUCGAACGGCUUUGGAGAGGCAUUUCAGGACGCCAUACAGAAUAAUUGGGGCUCCUACCCGUACGAUGAUCUUGUGAAAUGCUGGAACUACGUCAAAGAAAACUUUCCUUAUAUUGAUACGGAUAAUGGCAUCGCUGCGGGAGCUUCCUAUGGAGGAUACAUGACGAAUUGGAUCCAGGGCCACGAUCUGGGCCGCAAAUUCAAAGCCCUUGUCACACAUGACGGUAGCACGGAUACCACCGCUCAAUAUACCACAGAGGAGCUGUGGUUUAUGCAGCACGAUUUCAAUGGCACUCUAUGGGACAAUCGAGAAAAUUACGAACGCUGGAAUCCAAUCAACCACAUUCACAACUGGGCUACGCCACAGUUCGUCGUGCAUAACACGCUUGACUACCGGCUCCCCGAAUCAGAAGGCAUCAUGCUCUUCAAUAUCCUGCAGUCGAGAGGUGUGCCGAGCAAGUUUCUCAGCUUUCCUGAUGAGAAUCACUGGGUACUGAACAGAGAGAACAGCCUUGUGUGGCAUCGAGAAAUAUUCAAAUGGAUCAAUCACUAUUCGGGGUUGAGUGAAGAAGGUCCGUAUUAAAAUGCGGCACAACAAAAAGCGUUUCGAGAAAUCAAGUCUGCAUAUAGACUCUCUUAAAAGCCAGGAGGCUACUUGUUGCUGUAUGCAUCUGAUGUCAUUCAUAUGAGCUAUGACCGAUUAAUAAAAGCUCGAAACAUCCUGUGAAUAUGAUACUAAUACAAACUACCGGGCACUAACAGCAC